CUAUAUAAUACAGCCUAGAGCCCAGUUCGGCAGCCAGGCAACCAUCGCUAUCCUUGCUUUACCUAAUCGUCUCCUCUGGGUAAAAAGACGGUAUGAUUUCUUUGAUUAUCGUAUACCGCGUAGGGUAGCGAAACGUUGCGACGGCUUCUUGCAUCAAACCCUUUCUAUCUCUAGAGUAGAUAGAGCUGCAGGCGACUGAACUCCGUUAGUGACAUUAUGGCUUAUAGCAGACGGCUCAUGCUUUGGGGGCUAGCUACAACGGCCUUGCUGGUCGCGUUCGCAGCCUCGCCGGCAUCCGCCGCUUGCACGGAUGGAUGUCCCAACUCCUACAGUCCAGUCUGCAUGAACGGCCGCAUGUGGAACAACACUUGCUUACUAAAGUGCGAAUUUCCAAACGCCAUAUUUUAUGGGAAGUGCCCUUCACCGCCUCCUUCGCCAGCGCCUCCCGAUGCGCCCAUUGCGCGGCUUGCGCGUCCAUUCUGCAACCCCUACACCACCCGCUAUAAUACGCUCACAUACUACAACUCACUCGAUUGCAAGACCUACACGCUUUUUGACGUGGACGCCGUUUGCCCGCCCACCUGGCUGGUUGCAAGCGACUACUGCGAUGCAUUUGGCCUAGAGCUGGCUCCCUGGGACAACGACGCCUCUAACGCCGCCCUGCAAGCCCUGUGCACCGCCAACCGCUACACCUGCUGGGCGGACGGCCGCAGCCCGGGCGGCGGGCUGUGUCCGCUGGUGAGCCAGGAGGGCGCCACGCUGUUCCAAACCUGCCAGCAGGGCGUGCGGUUCGUGUGCAGGACCAGGG